CAACUGACAACUGCCACCCCACCCCUUCACCAGAGACACACACACGCAGGCAAGUUUUCAUUCCUAGAGAGAGAAACAAACCCUUUUCUAGAGAGAGAAACAACAAACACACACCUCAUCACAGCUUUUUCCACACCCCCUAUGCUAUUAUAAUCACAUUUUCUCCCCAUUUGGGUUUCUCUCUCUCUCUCUCUCUCUCUGUAUAUAUAAACCAAAAAUCUUAAGAUAUUUCUUUUGCGGCGAUCUGGGCUUUGGUUCGCUUAUCUUCUUCUUCUUCUUCUUCUUCUCUCACCCUCCUCCGUUCAUCCAGAUCUUGUGGUGAACAGGGGUGUGAAUAAAGUCUGUUCCUUUAUUAUUAUUUGAUUUGAUUUGAUUUUGGUCCGAUCUGUCUGUUUUUAUUGAUUGUUUGGGGUUUGAGAUUUGAAAGAUGUCUGCUUUAUCUAAAUUGAUUGAGAUGGCUGAAGGGGGAUCUCGUUAUUGCUCUAAAAAGUCUGAUGAUAUCUGUAGUGAUAUUUGCGAUGAGGAGUCAGGAAAACCAUCCACGAUGGCAAGAAUACGGUGCAUUCUACGCGGGUUGGAGUUAAAAACGAUCAUCUGUCUUCUAAUAAUGGUCCCAAUCAUCAUACUCGGUUUGUAUGUUCACGGCCAAAAAGUGUCUUACUUUUUGCGGCCCUUAUGGGAAUCACCACCAAAACCGUUCAACGAGAUCCCACAUUAUUAUCAUGAAAACGUGUCGAUGGAGAAUCUCUGCAAGCUUCACGGUUGGGGGAUCCGCGAGUUCCCAAGGCGCGUGUAUGAUGCAGUUUUAUUCAGUAACGAAGUUGAGCUUUUAACAAUUAGGUGGCAUGAGUUGUACCCUUACGUUACCGAAUUUGUACUCCUUGAGUCAAACUCGACGUUCACAGGGUUACCUAAGCCCCUGGUGUUUGCUAGUCAUCGCGAUGAAUUCAAAUUUGUCGAGCCCAGAUUAACAUACGGUCAAAUUCCCGGUCGAUUUCGUAAAGGUGAAAACCCGUUUGUCGAAGAAGGGUAUCAAAGAUUUGCGUUAGAUUAUCUUUUGAAAAAAGCGGGAAUUCAAGAUGACGAUUUGUUGAUAAUGUCAGAUGUUGACGAGAUACCAAGUAGACAUACGAUAAAUCUUUUACGAUGGUGUGACGACAUACCUCCGGUUCUUCAUCUUCGUUUAAAGAACUACUUAUAUUCUUUCGAAUUUCUUUUGGAUGAUAAAAGUUGGCGAGCUUCGGUCCAUCGAUACCAAUCCGGAACAACAACUUACGCUCAUUUCCGACAGUCGGAUGCAAUCUUGGCCGAUGCAGGAUGGCAUUGUAGCUUUUGUUUUCGCCACAUCAGCGAGUUUAUCUUCAAGAUGAAAGCUUAUAGCCAUGUCGAUAGAGUGCGGUUCAACAAGUUCUUGAACCCUAACAGGGUUCAGAAAGUAAUCUGCAAAGGGGCAGAUCUUUUCGAUAUGUUACCAGAAGAAUACACUUUCAAAGAAAUUAUCGGCAAAAUGGGACCCAUACCGCAUUCCUAUUCUGCUGUUCAUCUUCCCGCACAUCUUAUCGAAAACGCAGAUAAAUACAAAUUUCUGUUACCUGGAAAUUGUAUAAGAGAAAGUGGGUAACCGGGUUUCUGUGUAAAGAUGGAAGCUUUAUAGUUGAAAGACGAAACCCAACAAGUUUGACCCUAAAAUAGUCAACUCUUGAUGUUUUCUUGAUGGGUUUUAUGGGGUGGUGGUGUAUAUAGUCUGUUUUUUGGUUGUUGUUGGUAGAGUUGACUUUUAUUCAGAAUCUUGGCAUAGGUAUUUGCUGAGUUGGCGGGAAGCUGUGCUUUCAUGGAGAUGCAAUUCAUGGGAUUUUGUCUGUUUAUUAUUAGGCAUCACCCAGACAGUUUCAGGCUUUUCUCUUAUAUUAGGAAAUUUUGAAUGUGAGACUAAUCUUUUAUAAAUAACUAUUCAAAAUUCAUGUUUAUAGAUUUUUUUCUUUA